AUGGUCUACGAAGUUCCUGCCAUUGUGGCGGACAAGGUGUCGCCGAGAGCUAAGCAACUGUUGCAGAAGGUCUCAGACUUUGUUGAAAACGAAUGUAUCCCCGCCGAUUCCAUCGUCGACGCCCAACUCCCUACCGACCCUUCAAAACGCUUUCUUAACACCUACCCUUCUAUAAUCGACGAGCUCAAGGCGAAAGCCAAAGCACAGGGCCUCUGGAAUUUGUUCUUGUCACAGAUCCACUACAAAGAGGGUGUGGCAUUGACAAACCUCGAGUAUGGACUCAUGGCUGAGCUCUUGGGGAAGAGCUUCGUAGCGUCAGAGGCUAUGAAUUGCUCGGCACCUGACACGGGGAAUAUGGAGGUUCUGGCGAAGUACGGGAAUGAGGCGCAGAAGAAGGAGUGGCUGGUACCGCUUUUGAAUGGCGAGAUUAGGAGCGCUUUUGUUAUGACGGAGAGAAUGAAGGCGAGUGCGGACGCGAAGAACAUCGAUCUGGAUAUUAGACAGGAAGGAAACGAGUAUGUGCUCAAUGGAUCGAAAUGGUGGAGCUCUGGUGCUGGAGACCCACGGUGUAAGCUUUACCUUGUCAUGGGGACCCCCGGAGUAACAGUUCUCCGCUCUCUGUCAGUAUACGGCUAUGAUGACGCUCCUCACGGCCACUGCGAACUCAUCUUCAAGAACUGCCGUAUCCCUAUUACAAACAUGGUCCUCGGCCCCGGGCGUGGUUUCGAGAUCAUCCAAGGGCGUCUUGGUCCAGGCCGCAUCCACCACUGCAUGCGCUCCAUCGGCGCCGCCGAGAUGGGUCUUGCCUACAUGAUUGCUCGCGUCAACGACCCUGCGCGCAAAACCUUUGGAAAGCUUCUCUCCGAGCACGGCACUAUCCUUGAAUGGAUUGCCAAGUCUCGUAUUGAAAUCGAUGCUGGAAGGCUGCUAGUGCUACAGGCCGCAGAGAAGAUUGACCGUUCCGAUGCAAAGGGCGCCAUGAACAUGAUCUCAGAGGCGAAGAUCUAUGUCCCCUCUAUGGCAUGUACAGUACUUGAUAGAGCAGUCCAGGCACACGGAGCUGGUGGUGUAAGCCAGGAUUUCCCAAUUGCAAAGAUGUGGGCACACCAGAGAACACUAAGAAUCGCGGAUGGACCUGAUGAGGUGCACCUGAACCAGUUAGGCAGGACAGAAAAUAAGAGAGCCGAAGAGAUUACGGCAACGUUGAAGAUGCAGAAAGCGAAGGUUGAAGAACUGAUGAGGCAGUACAAGAUCCAGGACAAGUCGAAGUUGUAG